UCAGUUGUAAGUUCACUGCUUUGCAGAGCCAUGCAAAGCAGUGUGCAGGAGCUGACAGGGGAUAGAACUAGCCGACAACUUGCAAAAAUGCAAAUUGGUUAUUGCAACUGCCAUUUGUGUUCUCUUUAUCACACCAGGGAUGGACUGACAACUCAUGGGGCCCCCGGGCAAUAGGGGAUCAUGGGGCCCGUGUCCUCACCCACACUCAAACCACACCCAAAAAAGCCUAUGAUAGGUACCAGGGGCAUCUCAUGGGGCCCCCCUACUGACCCCGGGCCCUCGGGAAGUGCCCGAGUUCCCAAAUGGUCAGUCCGCCCCUGGUA